GGGGCGGGACGGGGCGGAAAGCGGCGGCGGCGGUUCCGGUAGCAGCGGCGGCGGCGGCGAUGAGCUUCGUGUGGCCGUGGCAGUACAGCUUCCCGCCCUUCUUCACGCUGCAGCCGAACGGCGAGACGCGGCAGAAGCAGCUGGCGGCGUGGUGCGCGCUGGCGCUGGCCUACAGCCAGGAGCACCGGCUGCCCGCCAUGACGGUGCGGGAGGCGCAGGACAUCCCGCUCUUCGCCAACCACCGGCUCCAGCGCAAGCUGCCGCUGGAAUCCAUCCAGGUGGUGCUGGAGGAGCUGCGCAAGAACGGGAACCUGGAAUGGUUGGAUAAGAACAAAACCAGCUUCCUGAUCAUGUGGAAGAGACCAGAAGAAUGGGGAAAGCUCAUCUAUCAAUGGGUGUCCAAGAAUGGCCUGACCAACUCUGUGUUCACGCUGUACGAGCUGGUCAGUGGAGAUGAUACAGAGAAUGAAGAGUUCCAUGGCCUGGAUGAGGCCACGCUGCUCCGUGCCCUGCAGGCCCUGCAGCAGGAACACAAGGCUGAGAUUAUCACGCUGGAUGAUGGCCGAGGAGUCAAGUUCUUCUGAGAGCAGCCUCUCCUCCCCUUCCCUGCUGCAGCCUGGGCUCUCCCUGCCAAGCCUUCCUCUCUGGGCCUGGCCUCAAGCUGUGACUGCAAGUAGCUGCAUC